UUAAAAGUAAAUUUGAAGAUAAAAUAAGAUACCUGUACGUAUUUUUACAUAACUUUCAUGUACCAUAUUUUACUAACUAUGGCACUUGUUGGCUACACACUUCAGCGAACCAGCCCAACGUCUUGUAUUUUGAAAUUAUUUUACCAAAUAUAGUAUAGCAGGAAUUUUUUUAUAGUGGCUUAAUCAUGUAUUCUGAAAAGAAAAAAAUACCAAAUCUGUGGACUCCUUUCCUUCUUGGAGAACUGAUCAGGUAUAGCAUAUUGGAACGACGUAUGAUGAUACUAUUAUCACAUAUAUCAAUAGUCGAAGGCAGUAGCGGAGGAUGCGAGUCGGUUCAUGGAUUGGUUUUCGAUUUUUUUGUUUGCCACUCAAUUCGUAUAUCUAGGUUUUGAUAAUAUCAUGUCCUAACUCAUUCACUAAUAUCAGAACGUGCAUGUGUAACAAAUAAAAAGUAUAUGAAAUCGAACCAAAAUCUUGAAAUUAAGAUAAAAAUGAGAAACAAAUUACAAAAUGAAGGUAAAAAUCGGCAUACGUACCUCAUAUAAUAUUAUGCACCAAUGGGGCAAUUAAGUUUGACCAAGGAGUGGAAUCUGGAUCAUUAUUCCAAAGAUAAAAGUCUGCUCACACGACAUGACACUAAUAGCUUUCAAAGCGAGUGCAGCAAAUCAUCAGUGGCUGGUGGUGAUUGUUUGAUGGGUGCAUAUGGUUUAAUUAAGGGUUAAUAUUUUAGUUUGGUCCGAACUAUACAUAAAUUUUCUAUUUUGGCACGUGGUUUCGGAAAUUGCUUUUCUGGCAUGAACUAUGUAUCAUACUUCCUUAUUUGGCCCGAAGGCAGGUUUGACCGUUAAAUUGGACGGUCAACAGAGUUGACCGUUAGUCAAUGGCCAGCUCACUUGGCCACAUCAGCGAGCAGAAAAUAAAAUAUUGAUUUUUUUUAAUUUCUAAAUUUUUAUAAGGAAGGAAAUAAAAAAAUUAUAUUUAUUAUUAUUAUAAGAAAGGAAAAAAAAAUACAGAAAUUCAGAAGAGCAAUUUUCAAAACCACAGGCUAAAGUAGAAAGUUUGUGUAUAAUUCGGGUCAAAUUAAGGUAUUAAUCCUUUAAUUAAACAUGAACCAAAAGUAGUGUGGGUUGGGUUCGAUUUAUUUACUCGGUUUCAAUAUCUAAACCUAUAACCGACCCAGGACCCACUGGUUUCUCACUUCAACCCCCCACAAACAAAUAUUAGUUUUGGCUGAUUUUCCAGCCGAUUGGUUCGGGUCUUGGGUAACUUUGGUCAACCCAACUAGCUCGGUUCCUCCUUUGACCUCUCUAAUUUAUUCGAAACUCGUGAUUCUCGACUCUUUGGAAUACCCAUUUUGUAGUAUUUCUUUUUAAGAAACAGGUCCACUUUUUUGUUAACUAUGAAUAUGCUCAUUUCCCCCCACCAUAAUUGUACAUUAAGUAAUGUCCAGUAGAGAUAACAAUUAUUAUAUUUUUAAAUAUGAAAUCCUCACCUCACGGUGUAGAGCUAGCUAGCUGCAUCCUUAUACUACAAUUAGAACUCUUUGGCUAAUUUAUUCAGAAUCCUUUCACUCCCCUACUUAAGUUGGCCCCCUGCUUGUUCAAUACACGAAUUAUAGUAAGUAGCUUCAUCUAUCGUGAACAACCAUUCCUACUGGAUCAGACAAGUAACUAGUCUUCUUUGCUUGAGAGGGAAAACAAAUGUUUAUCGUCGCAAAAGGAUUAGUACUUCAUUUGCCAAUGAGUCAUGCGUUUAACUCGCUCUCUUCCCAUGAACAACACAUGAUUUGGCCCUCUUAAAUUAUUGUUUGAAUAAAGCUAAUUAAUUGUAGACUGAAAGAAUCAUUAAACAUAGAAAUUUUUUUAAAUUCAAAGAACUUGAUUGAUCUAGUUUGAAAGCACAUAAGUGUGAAAGUUAAACGAGGUUAUAAAAUCUUUGACAUACAAAUUCAAAAGUUGAAAAACUCAAUUUACCUAAUUUAAAAGCACAGGACUUAUAAAAGAAAAUGUAGAAUUUAAAGGAUUAAAUUGACUAUUUAGUGAAAUAAAAGAAAUGAGUUUAAAAAUGAUUGUCGUUGGGUAAGAAAAUUGUUCACAAUAUUAUUCAGAAAAAAUUAAGGGUUGAAUAAAAGUAGGCGAAGUUGAAUCGGGAAAGUUGUUGAAAUCAUGGUUUAAUCGUGGUUCAAUUAUUUUAUAUCGCUUACUAGUUGUCGCUUAUGCUAGUAGGUUUUUCUGGUCGAACUGCUAGUAUGGUAUGAUUUUUCAAUCCUUGGAGAAAAAUUAUUUUAUAAAUAAUGUUUUCAAAACGUACAAAGUUUUGUAUGUAAUUUCAAAAUUCUCGUGGGGGUUGUGUUUCAGGGCCUCCGAGGGUCCACCUAGCUCAGCCACCUGGAUGAUCUCCUGUAGAGUGCAGUGUUGUAACUGAGUUUUGACACUGAGCUGUAAACUUGGGGUCUCUCUUCUUUUCUUUGGCUUUGUUGCUUGCUUCCAACCUACGAUAAGUUACAAUACUCAUAGCCCCUAUUGUUUCGUUAGUUAUAUUUUUGUAGAGGAAUUUUUACAAUGAUUUAAAGCAUUGGUGCUUUAGUUUUUACCUUUAUGCUACAACUUGAAGUUGUACUUUUAACGUUAUGGUACAACUUCAGGGUGUACCUAAAUUCUUUUGUAAAGUCCCUUUAUGGUACAAACUAAAGUUGUACCAUUAUGGUAUGGUACAACUUGAAUUUGUACCAUAAAAUAAAUGUCAAAUUCCUUUAUGGUACAAGUUCAAUUUGUACCAUUAUUGUUAUGGUAAAACUUCAAGUUGUACUUUGAAAUACCAAUACUUUAAAACAUUGGAGAAGUGCUCAUUUUUGAAAUGCAUGUAUGCACUAAUUCACACAUGGAAUUUGUAGGUAAUAGUUGGUUAUGACUGACAGGAUCGAAUAUUGUAGUAUAGCGCAAAGUUGUGAUGUAUUAGAGUAUCUAAUGCAUUGAUCGAAUGAUAAUACCGCCCAAAACGUAACACAAAAAGACUCGAGCCAUUCCCCUAAUUGAUAACACCUAAAUUGGUGCAAUUUAUCCUUCAUAUAUAGGUUUUUUUUUGCUAAUUCAUGUGCAUAAUCGGAAGAAUAUCAUCAAUUUCAUACUAUUUUGUUCUUAUUUGAUUAGGUCGUGAUUAUAGGGUACUUUAGACGCUACAUGUGAAUUAGGCACGAAAAAUGGCACGAGUGUAGUGAAAUGGGAAGGAAGCUGAUGAUCACAGUCUGGAAGGGAAAGAUCUAGGAGGAGACAACAUACCGCAAAGAAGGAGAGAUGAUCACGACCUAAGGACCCUAGCUCGGGGCCGCGAAGAUGGAACCCUUGGGCGUGAACUUCGUGAGGAAGCCAAGCAAGACAAACAUAAAGUUUAGACGGUCGAAUCACGGUCACCAUCUUCAGUGAUCGCGAGGAAGUUCUCGGCCUUGACUCACGGAUCGCGACCGUGAAGUUAGCUCGCGAACUCCCCGAAGAUGAAGACCAAAACUGCGAUGCCUGAAGAUCGUGGGCUCGAAUGGGAAGAUCACGAUGGCGAAUUUCCCCUGCUAGGCCGUGAACUUGUCUGCCUCCUAAAUUUUAUAAAUAGGGGAAUCCUCCCCCUUUAGAAGAUGGAUUUUGGAAGAUUUCUGAUUCUAGAGAGAGAUUAGAGAGAGAAGCUGAAGGAAUGAUAAGAAGAGGAGGAGGACUUCCAUCACUUGAAGACCCCUUUCUUCAUGAUUUCUCCCCUCUUUGUAUAUCUUUUCUCCCCCACCCCCUUCAUGGGGUAAUCUGCUAAAGUACUAGAGGUUUAAAUCCCCAAACUCUAGUUUUAGGGCUCUUAUGUAGAUGAACGAAUAUAUUAGGGUUUUGAAUGAAUGUGUUUGUCUAGUUGACUUUAAUGCUUCAUCUAUCUUUAAUUGUGCUUGGGUAAGUCGUCCUAAUCUUCUCUACUAGCCUACUUGAUCUUUUACGCGGGGUAUGGAGUUUUAGAGUUAGACAGGUAUGCGCCAUCUGAAAAAUUAGAGUUAGAUGAAUGAAUAAGGUCUUGCGGUGGACAACCACAAAAACGCCUUCGUAGAUGGAACAUGUGAUGAAACUUCAGUGUGGACGGUGGGUAGUACAGAUUGAAAGGAGCUAAGUUCUUAAAGCCCCAGAUCGUGAGCCUAUACCAAGGUGAAAAUGGGAUAGGUAGGGCGUACUCGGAAGCGUGUGGAUUAUCGCGAAGGCCCACAGAAAAGAGCUCACUCAAAAUAUUCGCUUAACCCAACAUGUUUAGACAUUUUCAUGAUAGACCUGGGCUAGGGCGAGGAAGUUACCCCGAGUGCCUCUUCUGUGCGCUUAGACUUUAUAAAUUUAAAACUUGAUAGAAGCAGCGAUCACUAAUCUAACCCAUGAACAAAAUGAUGCUAUAAUGCAUCAAUACUACUCCCUUGAAUGAACUUCAUACCCUAGUUCAGGCGUCGUGUCAACCUGCAUCAAUGAAAAAGAACCUUCUCCCCGUCUUGACGACAGAAGAGAGUGAAUGUUCGUCGACAUUGUUUACUAUGUUUCCAAUUACGCUCAUCAACUUAAUCAAAUCCAACAAUACUAGCUCUCACUCCUUCCUCCUUUCCCUCAUGGAGAACACCCACCAAUCUUCUUCCUCCAUAAAAAAUUCCUCAUGCAAGCCACAUACAGGUGCACAAGAAAGGACAAUUUUCAUGCACAUUUUGACUUCGUGCCCUCCCUGCAAACUAUCUGUAAAACAGGAACUCCACUCUACUUCUACAUCCACUCCCACAUUCGGCCCAAUACUGGGGCCCACAACAUAAUUUCCCUGGCCCAGCGAUGUCAAGUUGGGCCCAGUAGUCGGUCCGGAUACUCGUAGUCACUGAAAUAGCACAACCACCAAGGACCUACCGUUGUUGUGAUUGCUUGCCAAAUAACCCCACCAGUGGCUCUACUGCACUCUGCUUCCUGGUGAUAAUCCUCUCUGGCACUCAUCUUGAUGUGUAGCAGCAACCCACACCAUGCGGGAAAAUUAUUUGGGACUGCUCAAGCAAGGGGAUCUUGAUGUGGCAUCCUACUACAACAUCUUCGUGCACUUGUGGCCCGAGCAAGACUUGCUCCUUGCUUCCCUUUGUCCGACUGCUCAAACGGCUGAAGCACAUGCUGAAUGCGCUCACUGAGGACUAAUCUCCUCAGUCGCGACAAUCUUAAGUUCGAUGGCGUUAUCGACCGUCUCAUCCAAGAGGAAACCCGGCUUCGUACCCAAGAGAAAUUGGAUGUGCGACCAGGCGCAUGGGAGACUGUUUUCAGCAUCGACUCUUCAUCUGAUUCAGCUUAUGCCGUCAAUCAUGCUCAGUUCCAGAGAUGGGCCCCCACUAGAGAACUCAAGUGCAUCUAAUGUGAUGAAAAAGGUCAUGUUCUGAAGCUUUGUCGCAAACGUAACUUUUGUGUAUAUUGCAAAAGGGCAGGACAUAUCAUUAGUGAUUUUCGUACACUAAAGAAGAAUCAAGCAGCAUGCCUCAUUCCCAUCCGCUUCGAGUAGGCUCCGGGGCGCGGGGAUCAUCUACCUCGCGACGCAGGGCUUCCAGCUGGUCAGCCGGCUUUUGCUAUGUAGCCAGUUGACUUCGCAGGCAGCUCGCUCUCCACUGCCAGCGUCGAGCAACUGGUUUCUCAGGCCUUGCAAAAUUCACUACCUAUUGCCAUCAACUCCACCUUUGCUUAUCUUCGGGCCUUAGGUAUAUCUAAACCUUGGUUGCUGGAUUCGGCUUGUUUCAAUCAUAUGUCUAGUGACUCUCAAGUGUUUGAUAUUAUCUCUCCAGUUAAUAAUCUACAUUUGCAAGUCGCUUAUGGUGCCCAUCUUUAAGUCCAUGGUGUCGGAAAUGUUAACCAGUCUAUUGUUCAGAUGACUGAUGUGUUAUAUGUUCAGAAGUUACAACCUAAUCUUGUUUCCGUUGGCCAGCUUACUAACGCGAACUGCUUUGUCUUGUUCACACCUACUGGUUGUGUUGUGCAGGAUCUGACGACGGGGAGGCUGAUAGGAAGGGGAAGUAAACAAGGGCGAACAUUUAAGUUGGAGGAGCUUACGAUUAAAUCGAGUCCUUUUGUGUCUGCUUUGUCGAGUCUCUCGCAUGUGUCUAGUGUGUCUUCAUAUCCUUGUGUGUUUUUUAGUCAAGCUACUGAACUAUGGAACCUUUGGCAUAGCCUAUUAGGACACCCAAAUUCCACUCGGUUAUUGUCCAUGUUUAAACAAAAUUUAUUGGGAAAUAAAACCAUCGUUGCUUCUCUUGUUCAAUAGUGUUCGACUUGUGUAAAGGAAAGCCUAAAAGCAUUUCGUUCCCUUCUAGUUUUACUGUUAUUUCUGAUUCAUUUCACAUAGUUCAUACUGACCUCUGGGGUCCUUCACUCGUUCUUUCCCUUCAUGGCUACAAAUACCUUGCCCUGUUUGUGAUCAUGCGACUAGAUUCACCUGGGUUUAUUUAUUGAGACUUAAGUCCGACCUGCAUGACAUUGCCAUCGAAUUUCUGACAAUGAUUAAGACUUAGUUUGGCAAGACAGUUCGCAUCCUUAGAUCCGAUCCUGGGGAUGAGUUUAGCUCGGGUCCUCUUCUGGCAUACUACCGCUCCCAUGAUAUUUUGUUUCAGAAGAAUCAGCACACUAUUGAGUUGACUCGUGCACUUCUUAUUGCUUCCCACGUCCCAUCUCGUUUCUGGCCAGAGGCUGUAGCUACGGCUGUCCGUUUAAUCAACUAUCAAAUCACUC